GUUUCGGUCCAAGUAAGCCUACUUUUCAGUUCCAUUUAUACAGUAUCUAAUCCAAAAGAGAUCGUCUUCAUUUACCAAAGCACAAGAGAGGAGAAAGAAAGAAAAAAAUGUCGAAUUGCAGGUUUCUCUACCACAACGGCGUCGUUACGGAGGCUCCUCCCGUCACCACUUUCCUCCAAUCUCUCCCCGGUGCUUAUACUACGACGAGAACGAUAAACAAUUCCACUAACUUCUUGUUCUGGGAGAGACACUUGAAGAGACUUUCCACCUCAGUCCGUAUCCUUUUGGAUUCAAAGCCUGAGUUUUUGUUCAGCUCGGUGCCAUCAUCUCGUUUUUCGAUGAACCAACCGGUUCAUGAGUCGUGUAUUUACGAUUUAGUUAAUGGGUCUAUGAGCAAGGCUAUGAGAUCUGUUGUAGUUAAGGAAAGGGAGAGACUUUGUGGAGAAGAGUUAGCUGUAACGGUUCUUGUUACUGGUAAUGAGGAGAAGUUGUUGAGUAGGUUAGGUAAUGAAAAGGUAGUGGAUUUUUUGGAUGUGUGGUUGCAUAUUGGUGGAUACUCGUUAAGUGUUGGUGAGAGUGCUGCGAGUUUGGCUUUGGUUGGUUAUGGAAGAGAUGUUGCUAAUGCUAAGUACUCAGAUUGGGUAAGGUUGAGGAAGCCUCUGGAGAAGUUUAGACCUCCUUUGACUACUGAGCUUCUUUUGUCGAAUGAUGGUGAUCAUUUGCUUGAGGGUUGCGUCACCAACUUCUUCGUGGUGUGUCGUAAGAAGUCAUCAUCUGGGGAGAGUUUGAAGGAGUUUGAAGUUCAGACUGCACCUGUAAGUGAUGGUGUGCUUCCAGGAGUUAUAAGAGAGGUUGUCAUCGAAGUGUGCUUAAGCAAGGGGAUUCCAUACCGGGAGAGAGCACCUUCGUGGUCUGAGCGGGAGCUUUGGGAAGAAGCCUUCAUUACAAGUAGUCUGAGGAUUUUGCAGCACGUCGGGACGAUUAAAGUACCGGUUGAUUCACUAGAGGCAUUGGCUUGUAUUAAACCAGAGGAGAUUGAGUGGAAGGAGAAAAGGUUUAAGGAAGGACCUGGAAUGAUCACUAAGUUAAUCCAGAAAGCGAUAAUGGAGAGAGGAAUUGAAGAAGGGUUCCCUUUGAAGGAUUUGUAAGGCCUUUUCAUUGUCUUUGUCAAAUAGGCUGAAAGUUUGAUUACUGGUCUAGUUCUACUCAUGUCAACAUCAUCAAAAUGUAAUCAAGACUCUCUCUUCAAGCUUAAAAACCGCGUUUUGCGAUUUGAGCUAGAAACGUCUUCUUCGGUUUGCAUGAUGCUUAAUCAAGCUUGGUUAAUUUUACAUAGGCUUGUGUUUCUUCUUCUUUCCAGUUCCCUAGUGAUCACAGUACAACGAAUAACUUCUAUAUCAUAUGUCAAUGAUAGCACACAUCAUGUCAUGUGUUGCUCAUUGAUCUGAUGUACCCUUCCUCACAUGUCAUACGGCUCCUUUAGAAAGCACUUUUUUGCCUAUUU